UGACCACCCCAUAGAACUUUACCUAUUAUCGGACCAUCAUCAUCACCACCACCGUCUCCUCCCUUCUUCCUCGUUCCUCCUGAAGAACGAGAAGAAGAAAGGAAUGCAGAUGGAAACCCUGAAUCCCCCCGGGAUUCCUAACCCUAACCCUCACCCUAGACCCAAUCUCCCCCGCCCCAGUGCUCCGCCGCCCGCGGCGCCGCCGCCGCCGUCCGCUUUUGGAGAUCCUCACCCCACCCAAUGCGCCCCCCUCCACGGUCCCCUCCACCGGCGCGCCCAGUCCGAGCUGGCCUUCCAGAUCCCGGAGGACCUCCACCUGGGCUCUGGCGACCCCGCGGCGUCGGGGAACUCCGACGAGAUCGGGUCGGAAGAGGACCCUAUUUCCACGUAUAUCGAUGUCGAGAAGAUUGGGUCGAGGCUGGAGGAGAGCGGAUCGGGGUCGGACGGCGCCGGAUCCGGGAAUCAAACGGCUGGGAAUGGCGCGGGGGGAGGAGAGGAGGUCCGGGCGGGGAAUGCUGGUGGCGAGGUGGCGGCCCCGAGGCCGAAGCAUCGGCACAGCAGCUCGGCGGAUGUAUCGCUGAUGGCGAAGUCGAGGGGUGAGGGCGUCUUUGGGGAGGUGAUGGAGGCCAAGAAGGCCAUGCCGCCAGAUAAGCUCGUGGAGCUAGCGGCUAUCGAUCCGAAGCGGGCUAAAAGAAUUCUGGCAAACCGGCAGUCUGCAGCUCGCUCAAAAGAAAGAAAGGCACGUUAUAUCGCUGAACUUGAACGAAAAGUUCAGACCCUUCAAACUGAAGCCACAACUCUUUCUGCACAACUCACACUAUUACAGAGAGAUACUACUGAGCUGGCCACAGAAAAUGCUGAACUCAAAUUACAACUACAAGCUAUGGAACAACAGGCUCAAUUGCGUGAUGUGCUCAACCAAACAUUAAAACAGGAAGUUGGAAGGCUUAAGAUAGCCACUGGCGAAACAUCAAGCCCUAGUGGCACCUAUAGCAUGGGACUUUUAAAUGUGUCAUAUCCAUCAUUCUUCAUUCCUUCCCAACAGCAACGGGCCAAUCAUCAGGCCAUUCAAUCGCGGCCCCAGUUUCAGCGGUCCCAGCCCAACAUCUCCAGUCACCAGUUUCUCACCCACAACCAUGCCCUUUCUGAUGUGAUGCAGCAAGAACCCCAUGGGAAACUACAGGGAUUAGAUAUCCGAAAGGGCUCACACAUGGCAAAAUCAGAGAGCUCCUCAAUUUCUGAGGGUGAAAGCAGCAGCACUUUCUGACCAGGGCCACUUAAGAAAUAACACAUUUGUUAGAUUCAUUGUCCAUAGACUGCCAUCCUUGAUCUUCUCUUGCUGGUUCUUUAUUUUUUAUUUUAUUCAUUCCUAUUCAACUGAAUCAUUUGUUCUUCAAGCUUCUGCGGUUUGUUCCCUUUCUUUGUUAAUAUUGAGGUUUUGACUAUUGUUCUGAAGUUACUGUGUGUUCAGGAUCAUUUUCUGAGUGAUGUAUUUUGGGGAAUGUGAUUGGUUAAGAGUCUUACCUUCUGAUCUUUAUAUA